AUGUCUGUAGCAAAGACAUCGGCCCAAGCCAAUCUACUCGCGACUCUCGAUCCUCAUUCUACGCAAUCCCGUCAUCUCCAUGCAGUUGCCGUAGAAGUCCUACACAAUUUGCGUCACGAGCACCACUGGACAGUUCUUUGCUUGCACAAUAUUUCUCCAAUCACCUUCAGCCCUCUUCCGAGACCCCUCGUCUCUGGAUUGCCUCCACAGCGAGUCUAUGUACACCCAGAUGAUCAGGUACACGAGUUGAAAAACGGUAUAGAGGCGAAGGAUAUAGGGGUUGAAAGAGAAUGGGUAUUGCCCGUGCGCUUGAAGGAGAAGUGGACUUUACGUAAAUUUGGAAAUGUGUUUGAUGCGAUUCAAGAAGAGCCUAGGGACAAGGGCGACGGCGUCGUGAGGAUAUGGGACGAGGACAAAUCCCCCACACUGCCAGGAGAGGGGUCGAAUGAAACGAAUAAUGGGCAUAAAACCAAAACAGGCGAACGAAGAGGCGGGAAGAGGGUCCUACUAGCUACAGCGAGCGAUGACAGCACGGUUGUGUACUAUGUCGUCCAUGAGGGGAUUGUCAAGCCGAGACAAAAUUGA